UAACAUUCAUGACAAAACGCGGGAAGAGGUAUGCUCACAUUUUAUUGAAGUAUUUCUUAUUGUCGUCAAAGGAAAAAAAAAGCACCUUAAGGAUGAUGGAUAGAAAUUAAUUGUUUCAUAUUGUCAUUGCAUUAUCUUCUCCAGUUGCUCAGGAUAAUCAUCAACAGAAAAUGGAUGUUUUAGAAAUAAAUGGUCUUCGUGUCCGCUCAGAGGUUGGUUUCAGUCCUCACGAAAGAGGGAAGCCACAAGAGUUGACUAUUACUAUGCAUCUUCGAACUUCAAUCAAGAAAGCUGGCGAAUCAGAUUGUGUAGAAGACACCAUGAACCUCAAAACUAUUACAAAAGACGUUCUAUUUCAUGUCGAGAACAAGAAGUACAAUCUGAUCGAAGCGGUUGCCACCGACGUUGCCCGUAUUUGCGUUGUGCGACAUGGUGUUCGGUCAGUUAAGAUAACUGUCUACAAACCAAACUCCCUGCGCUUCUCUGACGGUUCUUCUGUGACGAUUGAGCGAUGCUUGGAAGACUUUGAGUGGAAUGAAGUUCACAUAUCAAUCGGAUCGAACAUUGAACCUCAGAUGAAUUUGCCGUUGGCCUUAAGUAUGUUAAGAGAGCAAAUGGGCAUUGUGAAGUUGUCCGGCGCCUUCAGAACAACUCCCGUUGGUUUCACAGAUCAGGAGGAUUUUAUCAAUAUGGCAGCCAUUGUGAAGACCAAACUCGACCCAGCAGGGUGAGUAUUGCAAUUAAGAAAUGGUCGUCACCUAGAGAGUAAGGGGGGUGCUUAGGUUAAUUUUUGAUGGGUAUGUGUCGCAGGGCGGUAUGCGCUUGAAUAAUUUUACUUCAAGUAUAAAUAUCAAGUGAGUGUUUAGUCAUUGCCAGUAACGUUACCAAGGCCAUCCAUUACUUCAGUGGUAGAAAUUCUUUUUUCUAUAUCAUCAGUCCGGGAUCGUUAUCAAAUUUGAUAACCCAGACCGAAACAAAAUAGUUACCAAUCGCUGUUCAGAUUUACGUUCACGUGGCAUGUUACUUGGGCAACAAUAAUAUAAUGAACAUGGAGUCCGAAGGCCGAGCCACCUUGAGUUUACUAAACCGAUUGUUUUCGACUGGAACUUGUGACUGUAGCUCACAAAUUGCUGCACAAAUGGAGAGGUAAAAUUUCGGACCGUUAUUAGAUUUGAAAGUACGAUGGCUUCUUCUUCUUUUCUCUCAGUCUCAAUAGUUUUCAUUCGUGUUAUUUUGCUUUCUUGGCGGACGGUGUUGCCCUCAGGUUUUUCAGCGCUCGUUUUGGUACGUUCCAAUUAUGUAUUUGAGCGAAAGAAAAAAAAGUUCAUUUUCACCACUGCUACUCCACUAUUGAAUCUUUCAAAUAAAAAACGGCUCCAGCCCAUGGGCGAAACUCCAAUUGAUAAAAAAUGUAUGGAGAACAGUAGGAAAGAUUUAUUUGAUAACACCUUUUCAAUAUUGAAAAUCAUCUUAUUCAGUACAUAGGUGUCGUGACUAUUUUUUCUGUUUUUUUGGAGUUGCGUGACUGAUAACCUCGUUUUGAAAUUGUGAGCCUCGGUUCCAGUUACGUACCUCGUAAAAAUACGUAUCGGGGACGUUUUUUGAGAGAGCAGAGAUUUUGAGUUGUGUUUUCCUAGUGAUUAGAGUUUUAAUUUUGUGAGGAUUAAACCUUUAAUUCGAAAACGGAAAUUUGGUUCCCACAUAAGAAUAAUCGCACAAAACUACUUCAAUCAAAGCCAUCCAAGAUGAUACACUUUUUCCGAAUGAACAAAUAAAGUAAAAGUGGGGAAACAAUUAUGAAAAUGGUCAGAUCAUUUCUUGCUUUCCCAGCAAGAAACCAAAGUUUAGACCAAUUAUUUAAAUGAAUGAAGUGCAAUGCUAAAACCCAUUCAAUGCCAUGGUCAGAGCAGUUACGCAGUUUCAUGUAACAAUAACAAUGAUGGAAAUGAUGACCCAAAUAUGCAAAGGGAAGUGUACAGUGACUGAAAAUAAACUUCAUGAUCAUGAUAUUCCAUAAUAUUCAGUGUCAGUGUCCAUAUCCUGUUUGAGUUCAUUCACACAUUUAAUUGAAGACAAAAAGAAAAAUUUCUUCUUUUAUGGAGGACAUUUCCUUGAAAAUUACUGAGCUUAAUUUGAAGCACAGUCUUGACAUCUUCAUCAGAGAGAAGCUUAAUUUUUCUUCUCUACUCUCUGGAAAUUCUCUGAUUUAUUUGCAUUCUCGUUGCCUUCCCCUUUAACUCCAUCUUCUCCAGUUGUAGACAAAGGUGUCGUUUGAACUUCAGGUCUUGGCUCUUAUACUUGCAUCAAGUGUUUAAGUGACAAAUCUUGUCUGCUUUUCUUCACUUCAAAGGUUUUUUUCCUGAAGUAUGCCACUGAGGGAAAGGUGAAAUAUCUGUAAAGAGGCAUUGAAGAAUUACUAAAAAAAAUGUACAAAAUCUAAACAAUUACAUUUUUAUGAUAUCAUAUCAUUACACAUUAUAUUAUCCGCAACGUUUUCAUUUAACUUUUAGACGGAAGUACAUGUAUUUACAACAUGAUUGCUACAGCCAUAGGUUUAUGAAAUUCCCCGAAAAAUGUAAAAUUUCCCCGACCGAUUUACAAUUUCCCAAACUAGCUCUAGUGAUGAUCCCCAACCACCCCCACAACCAUCCUCUCCAGCAAAAUAUUCAUGCUUUCAGUAAGCCGCAUGCAAGGCCGGCAGAUGAAUUAACAGGUCCUUAACGCAACCUGGAAAAAUGAUUGAUUUUGUUGGAAACCUAACAACUGCAUCUCAUUAAUUUUCAUAAAACACCACUGAACAAUCCAGCACAUUUUUUGUCAGCAUUCUAAAAAACACAAUUCAAUCUGGAAUUGACUACCACUAAAACCAAUGUACAUCUUUAGUAACUUAAACUCAAUUUAGUUUAUUUACAAUUCAUUUUUAUAAAAACCUAAUAAAGUACUUUAAUUGGUAAAAAAAAUCACUUUUCCCUAACCUCUCUGAGAAACAUAAAUUUUUCCUGACUUAGAGUGAAAUUCCUUGACUUUUCCCUGAUCUUGGUGAACCUUAUUUUCCUGACCAGUUCCUAACGUUUGGAUACAUGUAUAAGGCAAAAAAAAAAAUCUGUACUCGAGCCAAGUGGCCCACCCAGCCGGAGCAUAUCCCGUUUUCCGCAGCAUGAAGCGAUUAGGAGCAAAACCAAGGUCAAACCUCAAACGGGGCAUAACAUAACGGGGCAUAACAUUCGAUGACAGCAGGCUAUCCUUUGACAAAGAACUAGUUUGGUUUAGUUUAAUAAGGUUCUCUUCGGCAAUAACAGGACAUGGAAAUGAACCACCAUUGUUUUAAGAGGGUUUCCUUACAAACUAAGAAUAGUGUAGUGAUAAGAAAUCGUAAAUUAGACAGCAAUGUUCGGAUAAUAAGCACAAAGAUCGAAAACAAUCGUCUAAAAAACACAAAAUGGCGGUUGGUGACUGAAUUACACGUAAAUCAAGACCACCCCAUGCACUUUUUCCUUGCAGUUUGCGCCGCGAUAAUUAACAGUUGUAUCGAAAGAAAAAAGAUUGAAGAUCAGCUCCAUAAUUCUUUUGACUCCGGAAAAAAUGAUUAACGUAAACUUUAAGGUAAAGUUGAAAAACAUACCUCAAUCAAACGUGUCAUUUCAACUGUCCUGCCAUAAGUUUCGACUCUAUAACUCCUUGAUGAGCACCAUCUUGAGUACACACGAAGAUCAGUUUCUAUUCACUAAUUUCCAAUAGAAUUAUUGGUACAUACGGCGAGCAAUAAUAAUAAACAGAGAACAUUUCGAAUCGGGUAAGAAAAUCUUUGAUUUCCAUAAUGGUCGCCACGUUGUGACGUCUCGUGGUUAUCAAAUCUGAUAACCAUCACGGACUGAUCAUUCCCGCCCUUUUCAUAGAGCAGUUUCCAUAAGGCUUUCAACUUUGCAGGUAUCACGUUUUCAGAUUAAAAAAAAGGAGCCUGACUGUUCAAGGUGAUACAAUGCAAAAAUGUACACCGUUAGUUUGAAAAACUGCUCAGUAAUCAGGUCACACCUGCUGGUGUCUCGGUUUACAAUCAGCUGAUGCUUCAUAGUGUGGCACAUAUAAGACAUCAAGGUAUCACGAACUUGGAUUAUGGAGGUUUCGCUCCACUGCCAGUUCGCCCCCUACCUGUUCGCCUCCAUGACGACGAGUUCGCCCCAUAAAAACAAAGAUGUGCGCCUCCCACCUUUAGUAGUUAUUACCUGUUUAUUUGACUCAUUUCCUAACCACUAGCUAUGUUACUUUGCUAACGAGAUAAUCACACCAUCCCCAAGAAUAGCCGGAUAUUUGCGCAUGUCAGUGAGCAACUGUCUCCGGCAUAAAUUGACAUGCAAAUUUCUAACUUUAACUAUUCAACGCUUGAAUGUACUGAAUCGCUUCGAAACUCUGACCUUAAUGAUGAAAUAGCAAGAGUGACAAGUCAUACCUAUGACUUGGUUGACAUUGGAGCUUUUCGUGGUUGUCCAUAGUUUUUCAACUGAGAGGGUGGCGCGAGUUUUCUGGGCCAAUCACAGAACGAAGUAAAGACAAACCAAUGCAAUUUCGGAUUACUUUCGACACUCAAUUGAAAAUUUUUGUAAACAUUACAGUCCUUGGUGGUGUUUCACUCUCAUUUGAAUACUCCUCUUGAACUGAAAUCAAUUCUUUUUCAUUCUGUUAAGGUUAAAACAGGUGCUGUUACGGGUUGAAAAUAAACUUGGACGGGUUCGAAUUUCUGAUAAUAAGAAUGCACCAAGGACUAUCGACCUGGACAUUUCGUUCUGGGGAAACAUGGAAUGUGAAUACAAACUCAACGAUGGUUGUGCUGUAAAAACGUGGUUCAUUCCUGAGCCAGACGCUUGCAAGCAUUCUCACGUGAUUAUACCACUUGCUGACGUCACACCGGAUUUCGUUCACCCAACUGCGAGAAAACCUUUAAAAUCGAUUGCGAUGGAAGUGAGUGGUAACCAGGACUUCCGUUCCGUCUUUCCUGUCACUCAGAUUUUCUCGAGUAAUGGAGCUCACACAAGUGGUAUGGAAGAUGGCUUGAUUCUGGCAGAUAAAGUGAAGUACAUGCAGGACGGAAUCUGCAAGAAGCCAUCCAAUGACGAGCUACAUUUGAAUGAGUUUGUUCAUUGUGCUAAGAGUCCCGUUGCUUUAGUGACAGGCGCGGCGAGGCGGCUUGGUGCAUGUAUUGCGACACAACUUCACGAAAUUGGAUAUAAUGUCUUGGUGCAUUACAACACGUCUGUCACAGAUGCUACUAAGCUGGUUCAACAACUAAAUAGGUAACUAUUACUCGUAUUUUCAUUUACUUAGAGAUACUAAAGAAGGCGCAAUCGCAAACUAUCACAAAAUAUCGAAUUGAAGACCCGCUUAUGUUUUGGGAGUAUUCCACAGCAGUCAAAGGUCUAUUCUAUCGAGCAAUAGGUAUUUUCGAAUCACGAUAACAGUUUAUAUAAAACUUUUUUCGAAUUUUAAGGUAUAUUGGUAACUCGUCAGAAAAUUAAAAUAGGCUAUAUUGAUAUUCCAAUAAAUGAACCAUAGGCGAAGAAAACCAUAGGUUACGAUCAGAGUCCUGAAAAUGCCAAAAAAAAUUUACUGGGUAAUUCAGUUGUCAUUAUCAAUUAAGUUAAUAACGUAAAUUGGCCACCGUUAAGAGUUUCAAAUAUGACGUUUUGAGCGUUAACCCUUUGCUAGCUCUGACGUAGCACUCUGGUGGCCGAGGGUUGCCACUCAAAAUUUUACAGUUAACAAAUAGAUUCCAAGUUGCCGUGCGUCUAUUCAGUAAUAGAUCACAGACGACGUCAAAAUGUGGUAAGAACAAAAAAGUGGCACACGAGGCGCAGCCGAGUGUGUCACUGAUGUUGUCACUGAUCUCCACUACUUGACGGAAGGACGUGUCACAUCAGCAAAGCAUAAACUUUCGAUACUAAGUCGGCUCUAAUUCCGCCCGUCGAUUUUGAAUUAGAUUUUAAAAUCUCCCUGAAAUCUUUUGCUUCGAGUUUCUGGAUGUCAUCUACUGACGAAAUUUCCAUAUUGUUGUAUUAAAGAACCAUUUUAAAGGGAGAAAUCGCAUUGAAAACUGCAUUAGAACGUGAAAUGUCAGCAGAUCAGCUGUUUGAAAAAACCGCCGGGUCAACCCCAGCCUCGUUAUCGUGUGUGCGCGGUUACUAAUCCAACAUGGCGCCGGGAACUGUAAAAAGUCUAUUUGUGUCAUUUGAAUUUGACGAGUUGUCACUUGAAAAUAUUGUUGAAUCUUGUCAAACGUACUUUGCAAGACAAAUUGAAAAGGUAUGGUAUGCGAUAUUUUCGUUGGUGAGCGCGGCCUAUCUUGCAAAAAGAUAAGCCAAAUACCGGACCUGAAAGUCUUCUACGUGAGGUUUAUAAUGCCUGAAGGUGAAGAGGACGAUGAUCGCCAAUCUAACCAGGUAUGUUGCUUUAUUAAUCCGUCUUCCAUUAUUGAAAUGAUAAAGUUUUACGAAUAUUUUAAGAUGAUUACUGAAUGUAUUCCUGCACGCAGAUCACGAUAAUGUUUGGAUUUCACGAAGGUGUGAAAACAUGACGGUGCCCACGGUCUCUUUAGUAGCGUCUUGUCGUUUACGUAAACAGCUAGAAAAUCAAAUCAAUGAUAUUGACAGAGUUCGCUUGGCUUUUAUAAUCCAUGGAUUUUUGGGUUGAAAAAGAUAUCACAGAAAUUGUGUUAAUAUAAAAUUGGCAAACUAUUAACAUUAUUUUCUUUUUUCCUUUACGAUAUGAUAGCCACCAAAGAAAACAAGGAAAGUGGUCAUGUCUCUUCCAAGCCCCAAGAAGCCUGAAUCCAAACCAAACCAAUCAAGUAAAUUUUACCCUAAAAGUUGAUCCCUCAAGGAUAUGCUCUCUCUGGGAAAAUUGUGUCUUGAAAGGAAAUCCACAAUCAUAUCCAUUUAUGAAUUUGAUUUCAACAAUAUGCUGUGGUCAAAUUUCCCUAUAAAAGCUGAGUUUAUGAUUGAAGACUUACCAUUUGGUACUGGUGGAUUCAGAAAAGCAUUUAAGGCAACAAGCAUUACAGAUGGUUUCAAAAAAAGAACAUGGGUAGUAAAGAAGUAUUUAGAGGAAGCUUUAUAUCAAUGAACUCCUCAAUUGUAACAUACUUCCCAUCAUCCAUUUUACCCCUGAAUUGGGAAGUAUGUUACAAUUGAGGAGUUCAUUGAUGAUGACUUUGUGAAAUAUAUUAACAACAAUGGUAAACUAUGUGAAAAUGGAGAUAUCUGUGACAAGGCACAGGCCUUUGCACAGUUCACUUAUAAGUAGUCACAGGGCAAGCUAAUAGUUUUGAACAUUCGGGGUGCUGGGUAUACUCUGUAUGAUCCAGAAAUUGCCUCUCUAGAUUUAUUAGGUGAUGAAGGCAAUUACCAGUUUUGUACAGUCAAUUUGUUGCACAUUGCCAUGGAAAACUUUUUUGAUGAUCAUGUGUGCAACAAGUAUUGUAAUCUAUUGAAGUUGACAUUAAGACCAACAACAUAGGCCAUUUAUGUAACAAGCUUUACUUUUUACUAAAAAUCACAUAAUAACAUGUUGAAGCAGAAACCGAACUAUAUAUUCAAUUUAUGACGAAUAGUUUUUUUCUCAAGUUCAUGUUCCUGUUAGAGACUAUGACUGCACAUUUACAAAUCUCAUAAUUACAAGCUAUGGAGUGAAGGCUGAUUCACACUUAAUUGAUCAACAGAAAAUCAUGUAAGCUAUAAAUAUAAUUGACAGAAAAAAUUGAGUUACAGUUGCUUUUACACUUGAAUGCUUAAUUGAUCAACAGCAAAACAUAAUAUAACAAUAUACUUUAAUACAGAUGAACAAUGUUUAAUAAAAAUACACUAUACUAGAGUGUUCAUGAUGAAGAAUAAAAAUAUCAAAUCUACAUUUACAAAUUUCAUCAUUACAAGCUAUGGAGCAAAGGCUGAUUCACACUUAAUUGAUCAACAGAAAAUCAUGUAAGGUAUAAAUAUAAUUGACAGGAAAAAAAAUUUUGAGUUACCGUUGCUCUUACACUUGAAUGCCUAAUUGAUCAACAGCAAAACAUAAUAUAACAACAUACUUUAAUACAGAUGAACAAAAAUACACUAUACUAGAGUUUUUAUGAUGAAGAAUAAAAUUUUCAAAUUGAAAGGGUGCACUUGUCCUUCAAGUACAAAUAUGCAGUUGUCCAUUCAUCUGAUUUAAUGGUGUCAGAUGCUCGCAUUCUCCUCUGAAUUCUUCAGUCAGGAAGUCCUCUGGAACUCUCAGAACACCAGAUUCUUUUGCUACUUUCUCAAGUUGUUCCUCUGUGACCACAAAAUCUGUAGUUGAGGGAAUAAAUAGAUUGAGUGCCAACACUAACCAUACAAUAACUAAGUAAAAUGUUUAAUUAGUGCUAUUUGUAUUUUUCUGUUAGUACUUGUUACCUGGUUUAAGUGUUAGCCCUCAACUGUGGUCACACUAUGAAGAUAUGUUCAUGCACUGCUGUAAAUUCUAGAAUGUGUGAGUCGAAUAGCCAGGCCUACAAGGUGGAGAACAUUAUGUUACUUCUGAUAAUAUAUGGGAUCUCACUGUCUGGGAUGAGUAUGAAUUUGCUUCAAUGUCUUUUGAAGUUACUUGUAAUAGAUUUCAGGGCCAAGGAGAUUAUCUUAAUAUUAUCAAAAAAGGGGAAGAAUGCAACUUUAUGGUUAUUUCUCACUAAAGUGUGUUUCAUGGGUUUCACUGCACAGUGGCCUUAACCCUUUAACUCCCAGAUCAAAUUUGUCUUUCUCCUUAUUGUCAACCAUACAAUUCUUAUAAUGUUAGGUCAGAGAAUUUAGUAUUGGAUCGACUAAUUAUCCCCAAAUUGACAUUUUUCUUUAUUCUCUUGAAGACAUGACAACAAUUUUAUGGUUUUUCUUCAACAAAUAACUAAUUUGAAGACAUUUGACAUGAUUAAUGUCUGAUAGAUUUAGACCAACGGGAACGUCUUGUUUAUCUAGGUGCAUUACUUGCCCCUCUUUUUCUGUCCAUUUCCCCUCCACUUCCUUUUAAGGGCCACCCAGUACCACAGUCUUCAAGGUCAUAUUGCUCUGGAAAGUUAUAGAUGUUGUCUGGUAUUCCGUCCGGAAGUACUGUAUCUUUCUGUGCUCGUAUUCUGUGUGUGUUCCACACCGUUUCUCUAAAGACAUCCAACUCUUUCUGUACAAGUGGGACCAUGAUAAAAGCCAAAAGCAUUCUGUAUAAAAUGAUAAGUAUAUUUAUACAUGUAUACACAAAAUAUUUAAUAGACUAUGGCUAAUUAUUUCAAAGAGCACUGCAUACAUGUAUUAUUCUAUUCUAUAUUAUACAUAUUAGUUAUGAAUCUGUCAUUGUUUUCAGAGCUAUGAAAGUCGAGUCCAUAAAAAAUGCCUUUGUUUUGCAGUCACGUUCCAUUUUACUUUCAGUUUUGAUUUAUUUUUGCUUUUAUUUUUAAUUCAAUCUAAAAAAACUGUAAAAUUUUGAGUGGCAACCCUCGGCCACCGUACUACGGUCCCUCCUGGUCACGCUAGUACUCUUGUUAAAUUAGCUCAGACGUUAACCCUUAACAUGCACCCCUACAUCAAUAUGCAUUUCUAAAAAUUGCUCGUCAAACAUUCCUGUUUAACAAGUAAGAGCUUCUUUAGUUGGUGAUCAUGUCCUUUAUUCUCAUGACCUCAAUGUUUGAUUCAGAGGUAACAUUGCAAGGAGAAAUGAGAUGUUAGUCACAUUUUGGUGCUGAAGGGUUAACCGCAUAAAUAACCGUAAAUGGUCUAUUGAACAGUCACGUAGCAACACGGCGGCCCAAUAGUAUGUGUUUUAAGGGGAUUUAUUGACGCAUAUAAAAGUCACUUCUAGUCAUUUUAGUCAUUAUUUUGCCAUACAAAAGCUGCAGAUUCGUAAGUGUGGACAGCACACGAGAAAAGGAAGUAAUAUGAAAACAAACGAGUAUCUGAAUUCCUUUUCAGUGUUCGACGGGAUUCCGCUCGUAAAAUUCAAGCUAACUUGGCGAAUGAUUCACAGAAAACGUCACAGACGGUUAUCGAGGAGUCCUUAAAGGCCUGGGGACGACUGGACAUAUUAGUGAACAACGCAUCUCAAUUCUACCCAACAGAAGCUGGGAAAGUAAUUCAACAGGCCUGGAGAGAGCUCCUGGAGACAAACUUGACUUCACCAUUCUUCCUAUCGCAGGUAAAGGGUAUAGUACUUAGGUAAAGGGUUAGAUUAUAAUAGAUGUAUAGGUAAUAACAUGAUUUCUAGUGCAAUUUGGUGUAAAUAAGCACGGGUAAAUUUUUAAGACAACAAAAUUGCACGAGCUCGUAGGUUCAAACCAUUAAUCAUUAGAAUGAUUAUAGAAAUUAUAACAAUAAUAACAAUAAUAAUGAUGAUUUUAAAGAAAGCGACAAAACUUUUGAGUCUGUAAAACAUGUUUCGACAGAAACUUCUUUCAUCUUCAGUAAAUCACUGUACUAAGCGUUGGAAGUUGAAUUAUAUAGUAGGUAGAACAAUGCUAAUUAAUAGUAACAACAAGAAAAGAGGUAAAGCAUGAAAGUGUGAGAAUUAAAAGGAUAGUUUUAGAUUUACAUGGUUUAAUUGUUGAUUCAAGGGUGGUUGUUCUCUUUGAAUAUAAAUAGCCUCUCUUUUAUCUUAAGUUGAAAGCCGGUAGAGGCGUGAUCUAAAACAUGGAAGUUAUCUGCUGAGCACAGAGCGCGACAAUGUGGAGAAUCUUUCAGAUGCUUGAAAAUAAUAAUAAUUGAAAAUAAUGAUGAUAGUGUAAUAACAAUGACAACAAAUGGCAUAUUCAAAAAUUAGUAAUGAUUAGAUAAUAGUACUUAAGAUGUCAGUAUUAAUGAUAAUGAUAAUAAUAAUAGCAAUAAUGGUAAUACUUCCACCAAUAGCAAAUAGCUCAUUUGUGGUCGCGACAUUAAAGUCAAAUUUGCUGUCAUAAUUUUUGCAAAUAACAGUUAUGCAAAUUAUAGAUGAUGAACUUAAAAACAUUCAAAUAACCCCGUGGGCUCAAAAUCGAGAAACAAUGUCAUAAAUUACUCAAUGAUGCAUUAAGGAAACAGAAAAAUAUAUACUUUUUUGUUUAUGGAUAUUUCAGGCUGCCUUUCCCAACUUAAAGGCCACAGGCGGAUGCAUAAUUAACCUUUUGGAUAUCCACGCUGAUCGGCCACUUGAAAAGCAUUCAGUUUACUGCAUUUCAAAGGCUGGUCUGAGCAUGUGCACCAUGGCCCUUGCCAAGGAUUUCGCACCUUUUGUACGAGUCAAUGGUAUCAGCCCUGGAGCUAUCUUAUGGCCCGAGCACAUAAGCGAAAAAUCGUCGGGAUCUAAAAUGACGGAGAUUCUGGAGAAGAUUCCACUAAAUCGUAAAGGCGAAUCUAGCGACAUUGCUGAGGCAGUGAAAUUCCUUGCCUCCUCAGCAGAGUACAUAACUGGACAGAUCAUCCGAGUGGACGGCGGUAGAUCAUUGAAUCAGUAAAGCUGUGAUUGCUAUUUUGUUUCAAUGAUAUGCUACCCGUGUUAUAUUGCAAAUUAAAUAAUAGGCCGAAUUAUAAGACAAAGUCACCAUUAACAGCAUUUCCCUUUUUCAUCUAAUUAACAAAAAAGUGGCACACGAGGCGCAGCCGAGUGUUUCACUGAUGUUCUUACCACAUUUUGACGUCCUCUGUGAUCUAUUACUGAACAGACGGACGGCAACUUGGAAUCUAUUUGUUUUAUGUAAUAAAAAUUGAAAAAAGUUUUAAUGAUGACGUCACCUAUAUGUCUGUCUUCCAAUAGAUCUUAAGUGAGAACCAAUCAGAAUGCGCGCAUAACUGAGCUUAUUAUAUAAUAAAAAAUAGAUUCCAUGUUCCAAUAGCCUGUACAGGUAUAGAUCGCUUCAGGCGUCAAAAUACGGUGAGAACGUCAGUGACUCAGUUGGCUGCGCCUCCAGUGUCUUGAAGUCAUCUGUGAUGCUUUACAGAUCAGACGAACGGCGACACACGACCUAAUUGCUAAUCGUGCACGUUCUUGCUAACUUUCUAUUAAUAGACAAGAAAAAACAGGACAAUUUUGGGUUAAAAAAAUCGUAUAAGUACUCAAAAAAUUGAUUGCUUUAAUUGAGUCAUAUAACUGUAAGAUGUUCAAAAUGGUUUUACCCCUAAGGGUGUUAGAGGUAAUAAGUUAAAUGAUUUCAUCUUGAAAUGUGUUUCCAGACUUUUUCAACUGCAAAACGGAUGCUUAGCGUUCAUCAGUUUGUUUAAAUAGUGUUAAGAUAAUGAGUAUAAUCAACUUCUGCAAAGAUAUACUUUAAUUGGAGAACUUGAUGCGCAAACGCAAUUUCAUGAAAUGGGGCUGUUCAACGAUGGAUGUUAAUAUUCAUAAUGUAUUUAGUGGGACACUUCAGCAGCAAACUCGUACGGCUGUUAUAAACACAAUCUUUAUUUAUCCCUGCAUAGAAUAUGUUUGUAUCGUUUCCACGUUCUGCACAAUAAAUCAUUUAGUCUCAUCAAGUCUGUUCUGGUGACUGACUGCUGCUUUGAAUUUUCUGGACUAGUUCCAUGUUAGGGAGCACUUAUCACUAGGGGGGUGGGGGUGGAGUAUUUUUGGGGGCGUUACAUUGUUUCCAGGGGAAUAGCGGGGGUAUCGGUUGUCACCAAUAGAAUAGAAAGGAAGGACUAAAGAAAAUUCACUGCCUGUUAACUGUCAAGGGACGGCAACGCCAAGGAAAACUUCUAUUUUAAAAUAAAU